CCCAGCAGCCAAUCAGAGGGCGCCUCCUGAAGGACUUGUGACAAGCAAGGAGGCCUCUUCGUUGAGCUGGCAAGCUGGCAGGCUGGGCGGGCCCAGUUUGGCUGUGGCUGCUGCCGCUCAGGGAGGGAUUUAGAAUAGCAUCAGUACCGCUGACCGGCCAGAUUUAAGGCACGUUAAGCUCGGCGGAUACCCCCGCGCUCCUGAGCAUCUUCAGCAGCGGCGGCGGCGGCAAACGGGAGGAAAGCAAAAAAAGGUGGUGGUGGUGGGGAGGCUGAGCCAAACAAAGCAAAGAUGGCAGGGAUCCUGGCUUGGUUCUGGAACGAGAGGUUUUGGCUGCCACACAAUGUCACUUGGGCGGAUCUGAAGAACACCGAAGAAACCACCUUCCCUCAGGUGGAAGAUCUCUACUUAGCCUUUCCCCUGGCCUUCUGCAUCUUCAUGAUCCGCAUGCUUUUCGAAAGGUUUAUAGCUAAGCCGUGUGCCUUAGGCUUAAAAGUCCAAGCCAAUGGACCACAGAAGGCUCAGCCUAAUGCUAUUCUUGAAAAAGUCUUCACAGCAAUCACAAAGCAUCCAGAUGAGAAGAGGCUGGAAGGGCUAUCCAAACAGCUAGACUGGGAUGUGCGCAAUAUUCAGCGUUGGUUUCGACAGAGACGCAACCAGGAAAAACCAAGCAUUCUUAGGAAGUUCUGUGAAAGCCUGUGGAGAUUUACGUUUUCUCUUUAUAUAUUCACCUAUGGAACCCGGAUCUUAAAAAAGAGUCCUUGGCUGUGGAACACAAAACAGUGCUGGACUGGUUACCCGUAUCAGCCAUUGACGCCUGAGAUUCAUUACUACUAUAUACUUGAACUGGCAUACUAUUGGUCUUUAAUGUUUUCUCAAUUCAUUGACAUCAAAAGAAAGGAUUUUAGCAUCAUGUUUACACAUCAUAUUGUGACAGUCCUAUUAACAAUUAUCUCUUAUGUAGUCAAUUUCACACGAGUUGGAACCUUGACUUUCUGUCUUCAUGAUGUUGUUGAUGUCCUGCUGGAGGCAGCCAAAAUGGCAAACUACUGCAAGUUUCAAAAACUGUGCGAUUUCCUCUUCCUUUCGUUUGCUAUUAUUUUCAUUAUUUCUAGGCUUGGAAUAUAUCCUUUAUGGAUACUGAACGCCACAUUCUUCGAACUGCCUGAAAUUGUUGGUGGUUUUCCUGCUUUAUCAGUCUUUAUCAUUUUACUUUCGAUACUUCAAAUUCUCCACUGCUUUUGGUCCUAUAUAAUAAUAAAGGCAGCCUAUAAAGCUCUUUUGAAAGGCAAGGCUGGGAAGUGGAAUCCUUUGCAUGCAAAAGAUGACCGAAGUGACGUGGAGUCCAGUUCAGAUGAGGAACCCUCCACUCUUCAGUCAAGGACCUCCCAGAGUUCAGCUACCAUCAAUGGGACAAAUGGAACAAACGGGUAUCUUACUGGUAGCAACUCUGCAGAGGAAUAUUAAUCCCGGGAAUAUACACUACUGCGUGAACUGUUUGCAACAGAAAACAAAUAAGUUAUGAAUGCAGGAUUUGAUUUUUUUUUCUCUCUCUCUUUGUUCUUCUUCCCUUCUUCUUUUUUUCGUGUGGGGGGUGUUAAAUCUCAGAAAAAUUAUCUACACACAGUUGGAAUAUUUAAAGCUUCUAAUACCACACUGCUUUAUUUCUUGUUUGUAAACGACAGCGCCACAUGAUUUUCUGUAUGUAGGCAUGCUGUAUCUAUCUAUCUAUAUAUAUAUAUAUCUCGACAAGAUGGGAGCAGUGUUUUCUUCAGUAGUUUUUGAGUCUUAUUUAUUUUAUAUCUUAUUUUUUGAGAUGACUUCCAAAUGAAAAUGAAAACUUCCUCAAGAUUCUCUUUUGGACUUCAUUAGGGUCAAAAAUUGCCAGGUUAAAGAUAGGUCUUUUCUGUGCUUGGUUUCUCUAGCCACUAUCUGAUAUUGUAGUUACCUGCUAAAAUUUCACUUAUUGCAAAAUCACACAAGUUCAUGACUCUUUCUAGAUAUUUUUUUUUAUGAGAGGGAGGUCUCUUUUUGCUGAAAGAUGCUGACUUUAGAACUUGCUGAUACAAUCACAAUUGUCAUUUUCCCUGAUUUUAAAAUGUAUCUUGAUAUUUUUAUGUAAUAGAAUCAGUUUGAACAUUCAUUUUCGUUCACUAUAUGUGCUAUAAGAACAUUUUUUUUAUUGAUUUAACCCUCCAACAGUGUGGCAAAUUUGAUUUGGCUUCCAGCCAAAUGAACUAACUCAUCUUCAACGUAGGUCCCAUCUUGCAGAUUACCUUAAAUUUUCUGUUUAGAUCCAUUUUUCAGGCAUGUGCAAUUGAACUAGUAUAAGUGCUAGCUUAUAAUAAUUGUAAUAUUUAUUUCUUGUUUCUACUUACUUAUUAUUUACAAUAUUAAUUUCCUUCCCUCAGUAGCCCUUCCAGAUGUUCCAAAAUGCUGUUUAGAGUCUGAUCAAAUGGGUCUUGUGCAUCAGCAACACCUGAGCCGGGAUGAUUCAAUCAAUUAUCAAUCAGUCCAGGACUCUUUUGUUUCUAGUCCUUCCACUCAGCACAGAGCUAGCUAGGAGACUAUCACUCCUUUCCCAGCUUCACUUUUAUUUAUAUAUUUAUUUUACCUGAAGUGGAAAUUAUACAUACAUGGCACAGGUAGAAUCAGAUUAUAGACAAGUCAGGAGGAUUGUAUCCCACAUGCAUUCCUGUAGAUUUUUUUUUUUUUUUUUACACAAACUCACCUUUGAAGAAGAGUGAAAUCUAAACCAGACUCUUUGAGGGCUUUCUGUGUUGCAGAAGACAGGGCAGUCAGAGUGAUCCCCCCUUAUCUUUAUAGCUGUGCUAUAGAAAAAAGAUCUUAGGAUUAAAGACCUUGAUAGUCGAGUGUUGGGGAAAUGGGGAAGAGGGGUUUCCUUUUUUUUCUAAACAGAAGUGCAGUCAAAGUAGGGUUUCCACCCAAAAUUUGGAGAUACCUAGUUUCAGCUCCACCAGGACUUACAUUAGUCUAUCCAUCCAGGAUAGCUCCAACCAUCUCGGUAGCCUUUUUUGGGGAGGGGGAGGGCUCAUGGGCUGUUGUGAGUAAGAGUGGGGAAUUCGCUUUGCCAGUCAGUUACACAGGCCACAUGGAACAAAUGGUAUGAAUUUCAUGUCGAUGCUUUUUGAAAAUUAUUUGAGAAGAUAUAUAUUGAGCUUGGCCCAAAAGUCACAUGUGCCAAAGUUAAUAUUGAAAGAUCUAGCCCAAAAGAAAGAACAGCAACGGGAAAGAAUGUCUUUCUAGAAAUAAUAUGGGCUCCAGAGAUAGGAUGUAGAGGAGAAACUGAAUUAUCCAUAGGGCUAGUUUUGAUAGAUCACAGUAAAAUGCUCGAUUUUUACAUUUACUUUUGGCGUGACAAGAUGAGUGACUCAUUUGAAUGGAUAUUAUCUUACCAAAAGUCUCUUCCUUAAGAGAUACUUGUUUUCAGUUUAAAUGAGCCAGAAAUUAAUUGUAAGCCAGUUUGGGAAGGUGGUCUAUUUUAUGUUUUUGUUUAAUUUAGUUUUUUUUGGUUUUUUGCUGCUACAUUUCUGCAACUUGAGAAAAGUUAUACAGUACCGUAUUUUACCUGGCUUUAUUAUAUGGGAAGAGCUUGGAAGGAAAAAGAAAAACAAAAUGAUUAGCUGCCUUGAUUAUCGUUUCUAUGAAGAAAGGAGUUCAUGCGACUGUUUCUGAAGCCAACCCAGUUGGUAUUUUCUCUUUUCCUAACGGAUGUAGGUAAUGUUGGGUCCCCAAUCUUCCAGAUGUUUUGAUUUGUUGCACAGACCCGAGGUAUCUUAAACCUUGAGCUGGACUGUGGUCACUUGACUAUUCUGUGCAAAUAUAUUGGCCAAAAAACAAAAGCCCAGUUACUUGUGUGACUAAAUAUCUCUUGAAAUGCAAAUAUGGAAAACGUUCCCUUAUGUUUUCUACACACUCCAUCAACAGCCCUGCACUCAAGAGUGUAAGAGAAUUUAGGAAAGGGGAAAUUAACAGUUGUGGUGAAUCAGUAUUAAUACCCUCCUGGAUAUCAGUUAAAAUUUAAUUGGUCCCAGAGUUCUUUAUUUUUCCUUCUAUAUUGUCGUUCACUAUAGCUGUCGCCAUUUGACUCGAGCUCCAAUUCUUUGAUGCUAGGGCUGAAGACCUUUAGGCAGAUGGAUCCCAGGGGCUGCAUAAAAGAACCUGAGUUGCGAUGAAGCAAGAUGGUCAAAAUAAAUACAUGUUUGAUGUUCUUUCGGUUAUUAGUAUGGACAGCGAACAUUAAUUCGGAGGGUUGGCCUAUUUAAUCCCAUGUCCAUAUAAAUAUUGCAAUUACAUAGAUAAAAGAAAGGGGUUCCAACUUACCUAGUUGACACCUCAGUGACUAGAAAGGUGUUAGAUAGUAUUGGGUGUUAAGACUAUAAAAUGUAAGUAAACAGUGUUAAGUCACAGGAGAAAUGGCCUCUUUUAAGGCCAUGAAGACUCCAUUCGAAAGAUACCCCUUUUCUUGCACUCUGGGGCUUGUAAGAAAACGGGGAUAGCAUUCACAUGUGUGCAUGUUCAGUGUUCUCCUAUGAUUGUGCUUGCAAAGACCCCAAGUCAAAAUAAGGAAUUAUUCCCAGGAAAAUUCCCUAGAAUCCAUCUGGUCUUCCUUUGCCUCUAAUGGUAUUUUCUCAUUUAGCUUCUUUAUUUAAAAAAAAAAAAGUUUAAAAGGUCCUAUUUGUAAAAGUCGUUUGGUCCCUUUUUGCACUAGAAAUGCAAUGGCUGGAGUGUGUAGAAUAGGGAAAAAAAAUGAAGAAAACUCUCUGGGAGUUAGUAGCCUUUAGAUUGACUGAAUGUUUUAGUAGCCAGCCCUGGAGUAGUGAAGUAAGAUCUAUAGUUGUGUGCAUUUAUUCUGUUAUCAAAUAACAUGGAACGCACUGAAAUAAGUAAUGGUGUGUUUUUCUUAAAAAAGAAAGAAAGAAAAUAAAAAGAUUGGCUACCCA